CGUUUGCUGCGACAGCACUUUGCGGCAGCAGGGAAACCGAGGAGAAAGCAGUGACUCCGACUCCAGCGGGACACACUAUCGCCUCAUAAGUCCUCGGUUUAGUGCAAAAUUCGGUGAAGUAACUUGUAUAUGUUUUGUAUAUAACUUCACCUUGUGGAUGAGAUUGUGUUCGACGUUUUCCAAGCGCGAAUCUCCACCUUAAUGCGGUGGGAUGGCCACAGUGCCGCCUGGGCCUAGUAACGCUCUGCCUGCAUCCCCGGCUGAAAUUCCUCCUUUCCCCGGAGCUGGGAUAGCGGAGCCGGCGGGGGGAGACGGAGAACCGGCCUUCUACGGGGAGGACUGUGUACCCGCCGGCACCGGGAAGACGUCGCAGCCGGUAAACGAAGUGAAAGGGUCGUUAAAUAAGAAGCAGAAAAACAUGCUAGCCCGAGCUAGCCCGGCGGCACUGCACCUCAAAAUGCAAGCCCGAGAGCAACAACAGCUAAACGGCUUGGUCAGCCCCUCAGAGGACGUUAACAGUCACCAACGUCCAGGAAACCGACCUGACAAUCCGAGACCGUCCAUAGAUAACUGUGACAGCAGCGGCAGCAGCGGAGGGGCUCCGGCCGUUAGAAGUAACAGUGAGCAUUGCCAACACGAAGGCCACAGCCCCUUCUCCAAAAACGGCAGUCACUCUCCCCUGGUUAACAAUAGUGUGAACGGGAUACCGGGUUUCACGCGAACCGAGGAGGCUCACGAACGGAAAGACGAGUUUGACCGCACGGAGCCGCCGAGACCGCUGAGUGAUCAGCCGUCGGUCUCUGCUGGCCCCGGUGAAGAGGACGGCAUCGCCGACCCGGAGCAGCAGCACCAGGACCAGGAGCAGCUUCCAACCGCGGAGUUGGCCCGACUCGACCUGAACAGUUGUCCCGUCCGAGCGGAAGAGGAGAGUCACGGCAUUCGAUAUGUCCGCUACGAGUCUGAGCUGCAAAUGCCGUGGAUUAUGAGACUGAUCACCAAGGACUUGUCUGAACCUUAUUCAAUUUAUACGUACAGGUACUUCAUCCACAACUGGCCGCAGCUUUGUUUUCUGGCCAUGGUGGAGCAGGAGUGUGUCGGAGCCAUCGUAUGUAAGCUUGACAUGCACAAGAAGAUGUUCCGUCGUGGCUACAUCGCCAUGCUGGCUGUGGAUUCAAAACACAGAAGGAAAAGCAUCGGCACUAACCUGGUGAAGAAGGCCAUCUACGCCAUGGUGGAGGGAGACUGUGAUGAAGUUGUAUUGGAGACUGAGAUCACCAACAAAUCAGCCCUGAAGCUGUACGAGAACUUGGGUUUUGUCAGGGACAAGCGGCUGUUCAGAUACUACCUGAACGGAGUGGACGCGCUGCGGCUCAAACUGUGGCUCCGCUAAAAAGCAAAGAAGAGGGGGAUGGGGGAGGACAGGACAGCGGGUGCUGUUCCCUUCUUUCACGAUCAGCUUGACAGCCUCAGCUCUGCCCUGGUCAUUUCACUCGAGUAAACACAAACACACACACAGUACACAUGCAGACACACACCUGUGCCCAACCACGAGGAGUAUGCACAUAGGUAUGCAUAGACAUGAAAACACACCCUCUUGUUGUCCUUGACUUCUGAACAAUUGUUGUUUUGGAAGAAAUGGAAAGGAAGAAAAUCCCCACCUGAUGUUUUCAUGAAGGGCCCCUUGAUACUUUCUGUGACGAGGAAGGGGCAAAUGAGGGUGGUCUCUGGGAUGACCUUGACUGGGUGACUAGAUGACCUUUGGGCUGUCAUGCUCGAAUGCCACAUGGACUGGUUGUGAGGCAGCUCAGGUGAGGACGUGUGUCCAAACCCAAGAGGACACAGCGCCACACCAAACCCUUCUACAGAACACAGAGCGCAAACUUUACGACAACACCACCAGGUGAAACAAGGAAGUGGGGGCGGUAAAAACAGACAGGGAAGAAAAUAUUUGUGGAGUUUAUUUUUGUGUUUCUUUUUUAACCUUGUAAGUUGGAUGGGGAUGGAACAAGCUAUAGUAUGACUGCGUGUUUGUAUCUUCUCUAAUUUUUUCUUGGGGGAGUGUUUGGCCUAUUUUUGUGUGCAUAUGUGUGUGUGUGUGUGUGUGUGUUUGUGGUAUGAGUGAUCUCACUGUGAGUUGGAGAAUGUUUUCGUGUGACUGCGUGAGCACGUGCUUGGUUGGAAAGGUGCGUACAGUUGUGUCCUUGUUUCCCAUCCUGUCUCCAUUACCUGCCUCAGCCUCCAGGACUGAACGCCUGUAAAGAAAUGCAUGCAUUUAUUUUACUGUGAGUGUGGGACUAAAGCGUGGCAAGUUUGUGCUGAUUAAUCCAGUCUGAAGCCGACCCUCCGACCCCUUCCUGUGUUUGUUGUAAGCAUGUUGGUGCCGAGCAGCUGAUCGAAAACAAAUCACUCCAUUUGCACCUCAACCUUUUGCCCAACUGGUGGAUCCACCACCUAUUUUUUGUUUUAUUUUCCUUCUCUUAAUCUUUCAUCAAAACUGCGACGGAACAUUGGUUUAUUUUCUUCUUUCCUAUUUUUGCAGAUUACGAUUUGUUUUCCUUAAACACACUGCCAGCCAGGGCAAAAUUCCCAAACUGGUGAAAAUUACGGCUUUCGAGGACAUUUCUUGCCAAUCAUAGUGCAGUCAAACUUUUCAAGCCGUCUCAGUUUACUUCCUUUAUAUGAUUUCAGUUUCUCCUCAUUGCAAGUGCCACUCAAUCCAUCAGCACUCUCAGCCACAGCUGCGGUUAUCUGCCUGAUAACAGGCAACGCGCCGCAGCCUCGGCCCGCCUCUGGUCCGUCCUCAGCACCUGACCAGAGGCAAAGUGUUACGUAUGCUGGAUUCCUGUUUUGAGUAUGCCGUGUGCGUGUGUUUAUCUCUUGAUUAAAAACAAAAAAAACGGAAAAUAGACAAGUAUUCUUAGCAGAUUAUAUUUUAUUCUUUUUGUUCGCUUUCAGUUUAUUUAGAUAUGCGUCUAUAGACUUGUUUAAUCUUAACGCUGCUGUGAGCGGCUGAAUCCACUGUGCACUUCCCAGGUGCCCUAACUUUGAUGCACAUCCAACCUCGCCUACUUUUUAAGAUCUCAAGCGUGGAACAUGUCAUAGAUGCACCUUGAUGUUUCAAUCCACACUAAUUCUGGCAAAGAACGUUUGCUUCAGAUGCUUCUGUGUUUUUUCUUGAAAGUAAAAUGAACAAAGGUCAGAUGCACUUCUGUGGAAAUUGCUGCGGUGUGUAUGUAUAAAUGUGUUCUGUUAUUUUGACAACGGGGUGGAUCUGCUCUGACAGAUUUUUAUUUCUCUACUUUCAGAGGGCCCCGCACAGGAAAAGCAGAGCCUUUAUGGUGCUGUAUUUCUCCCCCCCCCCUCCUCUCUAAUGAGGACACUUGUUUGUAACAGAAAGGAACAAAAGCUCACUUUCCUUUCUUUCCAGGGUUUGAGUUUGCACUCGCUGCUGGGCAGGAGCCUGUGUAGUCCGUAGUUAAGGGGAGAUUAAACUCUUAAGUCACCCUAGAUUGUUUUAUUGAUAUUAUAAAUAAGUCAAAUUGGAAAGCAAUCUGCAUCACAGGUUGUAAAAUGCAGUUUUUGUUUACAGGUUAAGAUUUGAAGUUAUGCAAUUGGACAUCUGUGUACUUUUAUCCUGCCUAUCAGAUUAUGAGUAGAAAAGCACUCAAAAGAUGCUGCCAAGCAACACGACUCAGAUUUCGGUGCAGUCUGCUACAAAUAUUAACUACAGAACAAACAGAAAUGUCCUGUCCUAGCUGUUUAAACUGUGUAAGAGCAGAUGGAUGAAUCUCUUUUGAUGACACUACAACACCUUGUUCAUGUUUUGGGUUUAUAUCCACCCGAUGGAUCUCACCCAAUGAGCCCAGGGCUGAAAAGGAGAGUAGAUGUUUACAGACGUGCCACCCACAUAACAGCCUGUGUAUGUAAGUUUGUAUGUGCAUUUGGAACAAUGGAUCGGAGUCUGUCUGUUUUCAGAUUUGUUUAAGAGUGUUCUAUUCAUUGUAUUGAGAGCUUCUUUUUUUUCUUUUUGGUGAAUCACCUGUUGGGAAAGAGGGUGAUUUUGGGUUGAUUUAUCAGAUUUAUUUUUGAUUUCUGUGCUACUUAGCCCAUUCGGAGUUGUAACUAGAACGAUGAGCAUACAAAAAUGACCUCGACCCAGAAUGACAGUGGUUAUAUUUGCUGCUCGUCCCACACCAAUUUCAAUUAUCUCCCUCAAACUCUUGAGUAAUUCUGCUGUCAGCCCGAAGAGGUGUUUUAGAUGCCGAAGGAAAUGGGUAUCAUGUCUUUUUUCUUUUAAUCCUGUGAAACACUGGUAGUUCCAGUAGAUAUAUGGGCAUUACAGCCUGCCACAAUGAAACAAAGGGCUCUGUUUUAUCAUCGCGGGGCUCCAUCACCACUAUCACAUUUGUAGCUAUGGCUUGUGGUGUUGCAUAGGUUUACCUGACGGUCUCAUGACGACUCCUCUGCAUUUGGAGUCUCUUACCAUGCUAGUGGGUGUUCACAGACCUUAGUGGCUGAUUUUUGUUUUUUCUUCCCCCUGUUCUGAACAUUCACUAUUCUGUCAAGGUUGCUUGUUCUAACAAUGUCAAUGCCACCUCUGCCCUCACCCAAGCAACCUGCCAUUCUGCAUUUACAAUAUGGAUUCCCCCAGAAACCUGUUUGAUGGUCAGACAAUUAACAAUCCUAUUGGAAGUGGUAGUGCACAACAAAAUGCUAUAGUCCCUUAGACCAGCGAGCCAACCACACGGGGCUACCCGCAGUAUUUUCCAGGCGCCCAGCUCCGCCUCCACCGCCAUCCAUAAAGUGUGCAAAGGGGAGAGCAAAAGGUUUUUUUGCAUGUCAAAUCUGUUUCCCCCUGUUCCUCCUUCCCCUGUCCCCUCUCUUGAUUUGGAUCUGGAAAUGUCCAAUAGCUUUUAUUUAAUGUGGAAAAAGAACACAGAAAUAAAUUAUUUGAUUUUUUUAA